AUGUCGCGCAGAGCGCCGAAUCCUGCCGCAGAGCGCGCUGCUCAAAAUACUCAGACCCUUAAGAGUCUUGUGAAGUUGGAAGGGAAUAAGACUUGCGCUGAUUGCAAGAGGAAUAAGCAUCCAAGAUGGGCGAGUUGGAAUUUGGGCAUAUUUAUUUGCAUUCGGUGUUCUGGGAUUCAUCGUGGGAUGGGAACACAUAUCAGCAGAGUGAAAUCUGUAGACUUGGAUGCCUGGACCGAUGAGCAAUUGCAGAGUGUAUUGAAAUGGGGGAACGCAAGAGCGAACAUAUAUUGGGAAGCAAAACUGGCUCCUGGACAUGUGCCAUCCGAGUCCAAGAUCGAGAAUUUCAUUCGGACAAAGUACGAGUCAAAGAGAUGGGUCGCAGAUGGACCAAUUCCAGACCCUUCAACUUUGAACGCGGAGGGAGAUGAUGAUGUGCCUCUAAGUUUGGUGAAAGAGAAACAAGCGAUCGAGCGCUCGACUUCGCAGAGAUCAGCAGCGGGGGGACCUUCGCAGAUUAGAAGAGCACCUCAACCGGAUCUGUUUGCGGAUGAUAAUGCUCCACCAAGAGCGAGUAGCGCAGCAGCAGCCGUGUCAAGACCAGGACCGCCACCAAAGGCAGAACCAGCUCCGCCAAAGCAAUCCAAACCAGCAGAGUCGUUACUCGGAUUAGAUUUCUUUGGAACAGAAGCUCCUCCUCCAAACCGUCCAGCAAGCGCAGCAUCAACACCAGGCACCCAAUCUCGACCAGACCUUAAGCAAUCUAUUUUAUCACUUUAUGCAUCCGCUCCUCGACCUCAGCCACCACCUCAACAACAAUCGCAUAACUCAUCUGGAUCAUUUGGUGGAAUGCAAUCAGGUAUGGGAGGCAUGCAGCAGUCGCAACAAUCCCCACCGGCCCAGAAGUCUUCCUUUGGCGGGAUGAAUGAUGCUUUUAGCAGCUUAAGCUUCUCCAACCCAACCUCACCCGGCUUUCAGCAAGCCCAACCACAACAACAGAAACCAUCAGCGUUCUCAAACCUAGGCAACCUUUCAAGUCAUCAAAGAGGGCCAUCGCAAACAUCGCCGCGUGGAAACUUGAGUGGAGGCGGCUUUUUUGAUACCAAACCAACGCCACAACCACCACAACAGCCACCUCAACCAUCCAGAGGCUUUAGCUCUUCGAGUGGAUUCGGAGCAUUCGACUCUGCACCUUCUCCCGCUGCUCCUGCCGUAUCAUCAAGCUCCGGCUUGGGUGAUCUUUUCGAUUUCUCUACCCCCGCCUCUCCGCCAGCCCCUCCUAAGCCAUCGGUGGUCUCCCCUCCCGCACAGCAAUCUGUUUUCAACCUCUCGCAACCCGCAGCGCCUCCAAAACCAGCAGUGCCAGCUCCAAUGCCAGCAAUGGGUGGAGGCUGGGGAAAUGAUGAUGCCUGGGGAUCGAAUGAUGCAUGGAGUUCAACUAAGAGCCCUACCACAACAACAUCUGUAGCAGCACCACAAGCUUCAUCUGGAAGCCUUGGGUGGGGUUCCAGUGGCACUUCCCUAGCGAACCAAAGUAUUGUACCUGGUGGGGGAGGUACCUUCAACCCAACCACUUCCGCAGCACCACCUAAAGUAAGUGCUGAUGAAGAUUUUGGAGGAUGGAGCAGCGCACCAGCACCAGCCCCAGCAGCUAGCAACACGCAAAGUAAGCCAGCAGCUGGGUUUGGUGCGAGUGAGGAUCUGUUUUCAAAUGUUUGGGGAUAA